CUUGGUACGUACGUAAGAAAUUAAAAGUAUGGUUGAGAAAGAUGAGAAGACAUUGCAUGUAGCAAUGUACUCAUGGUUUGCUCUUGGACACCUUACAUCAUUCCUACAAUUAGCCAAUAAACUAGCUGAGAGAGGUCACAAAAUAUCUUUCUUCCUCCCUACUAAAACCCAAUCCAAACUAACCCCUCACAAUCACCACCCCCAUCUUAUCACCUUCAUUCCGAUCAAGGUUCCUGCUGUUAUUGGUCUACCGUGUGGGGCCGAGACAGCUGCUAACGUACCCUAUGAGGACAGGUCUAUGAUCAUGUCAGCUAUGGACUUGACCAAAGAUACCAUUGACUCCUUGCUUUCUCAACUCAAACCUGAUUUAGUCUUCUUUGACUUUACCGAGUGGCUACCCGCCCUGGCCCGUAAACACGGGGCUAAGUCUGUUUACUAUAUAUGCAACAGUACUCGCAGUUGGUGGGGCUUAUUUACUGCCCCGAGCUAG